AUGAAAAGUAUAUUACUUACUUUUUCAGAACGAUUAGUUAGUGUACUUACAACAGAUGGAAAAGUCUAUAUUGGUAGCCUUAAAGGUUAUGACCAAUUGACAAAUAUUAUUUUGGCAAAGUGUAGAGAAAAGGUUUAUGAAGCUAACAGUAAAGUAAUUAAAUAUAUAGAAUUAGGGUUAUUUUUAAUUCGAGGAGAUUCUAUUGCACUUAUUGGAGAAAUUGAAAGUGAAGAUCCAGUCAAAUCAGCUAUAAGUGAGGAAGAAAAAAACAAAAAGAUCAAAUAUGACUAUACGUAA